GCGCGGGUUUCCGGCCGGGCCCCGCCGGGGACUUUGCUCCAUCCCCGCUCCCCCAUCAAUCAUCAACCAGCGCCGGCCGCGGCCGCCGGACCCCCCGCGCCCCCUCCAUCCCCCCAGCAUCAUCCCCAUCCUCCCCCCUCAUCCCCCUCCCCCCCGGCCCGCCAUGUCCUCCGCCCCCCCGGCCAAGUGUCCCUUCAAGAAGCGGGGCAGCCUCCAGACCCCCCUCCCCGCAGAGCUGCGGGGGGGGUCGGCGGCGCGGCCCCUGCAGUCGGCCCGGUCCCUGCCCGGGACCCCCCACCUCCUGAAGCACUUCCCGGUGGAUCUGAGGACUUCCAUGGACGGCAAAUACAAGGAGAUCGCCGAGGAGCUGUUCUGCCGCUCGCUGGCAGAGAACGAGAUGCGGACGGCGCCGUACGAGUUCCCCGAGGAGAGCCCGAUCGAGCAGCUGGAGGAGCGGCGGCAGCGCCUGGAGCGCCAGAUCAGCCAGGACGUCAAACUUGAGCCCGACAUUUUGCUCAGAGCCAAACAGGACUUCCUGAAAAUUGACAGUGCCGCCGACCUACAGCUGUUCCAGGAGCAGGGCUCUGACCUGCUGGAUCACGUCCCCAAGGAGCGCGAGGCGCUGCUGGAGCGGGAAUUCCAGCGGGUCACCAUCUCCGGGGAGGAGAAGUGCGGGGUGCCCUUCACGGACCUGCUGGACGCUGCCAAGAGCGUGGUGAAGGCGCUGCUGCUGCGCCAGAAGUACAUGGGGCUGUCGCUGCAGAGCUUCUGCCGCACCACGGCCCGGUUCCUGCGGGACUUCUCCGGGAAAAACCCCGACAGCCGCGCCCACGACGACCCCCCUGACACCCCUGUGGCUGCUGAUGCCCCCGUGCACCCUCCCUUUGCUGAGCGACACCCCUACGAGACGUGGGACCCCCGGGAGAUGCCCGAGGACCUGGGCUACGGGCUGCGCAUGGUGGACGGGGUCGUGCACGUCUACACCAGCCAGGACCCCACGGACAAGAGCACCGAGCUGGACCUGCCCUACCCCGACCUGCAGGAGUUCAUCGCUGACAUGAACUUCCUCAUGGCCCUCAUCAUCAACGGGCCCAUCAAAUCCUUCUGCUACCGGCGGCUGCAGUACCUGAGCAGCAAGUUCCAGAUGCACGUGCUGCUCAACGAGAUGAAGGAGCUGGCGGCCCAGAAGAAGGUUCCCCACCGGGACUUCUACAACAUCCGCAAGGUGGACACCCACAUCCACGCCUCGUCCUGCAUGAACCAGAAGCACCUCCUGCGCUUCAUCAAGAGGGCCAUGAAGAGGCACCUGGACGAGAUUGUGCACGUGGAGCAGGGCAAGGAGCAGACGCUCAAGGAGGUCUUCGAGACCAUGAACCUCACGGCCUACGACCUCAGCGUGGACACCCUGGACGUGCACGCGGACCGCAACACCUUCCACCGGUUCGACAAGUUCAACGCCAAGUACAACCCCAUCGGGGAGUCCAUCCUGCGCGAGAUCUUCAUCAAGACCGACAACCGCGUGGCCGGGAAGUACUUCGCCCACAUCAUCAAGGAGGUGAUGGCAGACCUGGAGGAGAGCAAGUACCAGAACGCGGAGCUGCGCCUCUCCAUCUACGGGCGCUCUCGGGACGAGUGGGCCAAGCUGGCGCGCUGGGCGGUGCAGCACCGCGUGCACUCCAACAACGUGCGCUGGCUCGUGCAGGUGCCGCGCCUCUUUGACGUGUACCGCACCAAGGGGCAGUUGGCCAACUUCCAGGAGAUGCUGGAGAACAUCUUCCUGCCCCUCUACGAGGCCACGCUGCACCCGGCCCAGCACCCGGAGCUGCACCUCUUCCUGGAGCACGUGGACGGGUUCGACAGCGUGGACGACGAGUCCAAGCCGGAGCAUCACAUCUUCAACCUGGACAGCCCCCUGCCCGGGCAGUGGGUGGAGGAGGACAACCCCCCCUACUCCUACUACCUGUACUACAUGUACGCCAACAUGACCGUGCUCAACCACCUGCGCAGGAAGAGGGGCUUCCACACGUUCGUGCUGCGGCCGCACUGCGGCGAGGCCGGGCCCGUCCACCACCUGGUGUCGGGGUUCAUGGUGUCCGAGAACAUCUCCCACGGGCUCCUGCUGCGCAAGGCCCCCGUGCUGCAGUACCUGUACUACCUGGCCCAGAUCGGCAUCGCCAUGUCCCCCCUGAGCAACAACAGCCUGUUCCUGAGCUACCACCGCAACCCCCUCCCCGAGUACCUGUCCCGGGGCCUCAUGGUGUCCCUGUCCACCGACGACCCCCUGCAGUUCCACUUCACCAAGGAGCCCCUGAUGGAGGAGUACAGCAUCGCCACCCAGGUGUGGAAGCUCAGCUCCUGUGACAUGUGUGAGCUGGCCCGGAACAGUGUCCUCAUGAGCGGCUUCUCCCACAAGGUGAAGAGUUACUGGCUGGGCCCCAACUACCAGCGGGAGGGCCCGGAGGGGAACGACAUCCGCCGGACCAACGUGCCCGACAUCCGCGUGGGAUAUCGCUUCGAGACGCUGUGCCAGGAGCUCACCCUGCUCACCCAGGCGCUGCAGGGGGCCGAGCUGGAGCCCAUCCAGGAGGAGGGGGGCAUCACCAUCGCCCUGGGCACGCACUGAGACCCCCCAGAGACCCCCAGGACCCCGCGGGACCGCCCGGCACCCCCAAUAGCCCCCAGGGCUCUGCCGCCGUCCCCCGACCCGCAGGCACUGCAGGGGGCAGAGCUGGAGCCCACCCAGGGGGAGGGGGGCAUCACCACCACCCUGGACACACGCUGAGACCUCCAGAGACCCCCCAGGGCCCCCCAACAUCCCCGAUGCCCCCAGGGCUCUGCCAGUGUCCCCCCACCCACAGGUGCAGAGCUGGAGCCCCCCUGGAGGAGGGGGCAUCACCAUCACCCUGGGUACCCCCUGAGACCCCCAGAGACCCCCAUGAACCCCCCCCACGAGACCACCAGGGCUCCACUGCCAUCCCCCCCACCGCUGUCCCGGUGCCGCUGAGGGGGACACGGUUUGUUGGGUCCUCGUCAUUUCUGUCUGGUUUGGGGCAUUUUUAGGGUCUUGUUUUGUCAUUUUUGGGGUAUUUUUUUGGUCUUUUUCUGGGUUUUUUAACUGGUGUUUCUUUGCUGGGUUGGGCCCUGCCAGGUUUGGUGGCACCAGGUUUGGUGGCACCAGGAGGUGACAUGGGGACAGUUUGUUGGAUCCUCUCCAUUCUGACUCCUUUUGGUCAUUUUGGAGGGCUUUUGUUGGAUCUUUUUUCUUUUGUCUUUUCCUGCCUUUUACAACCAGUGUCCCCUCCCUGGGUUUGGUGGCACCAGGAGGUGACACAGGGACAGAGUUUGCUGAGUCUUCUGCAUUUCGUCUGGUUUUGCUCAUUUUUGGGGUCUUUUUUUGGUCUUAUUCUGGUUUUUAACAGGUGUUUCCUCACUGGGUUAGGUUGGGCCCUGCCAGGUUUGGUGGCACCAGGGGACACAGUUUGUUGGGUCCUCUUUGUUUUGUCUCAUUUUGGCCUUUUUUUGAUCCUUCCUUGGCCUUUUCCUGCCUUUUUUAACUGGUGUCUCCUCGCUGGGUUGGGCCUUGGUGGCACCAGCAGGUGACCCAGGGGGGUCCUGCCUUCACCCCCCAUGGUGGGGACGCAGUGACAGGUCAGGGGUCCCUGCUGGGGUGUGGGGGCAGCGUGGGGGUCCCAGCCCACCCCCCCAGCUCCUGACGCUCCUUGACCCCCCCACCCCCUCUCCGUCCACUCUCCCCCCCGGGGGAUGUGGGGACAAGCCCAGGGGGCUCCUUGGGGACCCCACCACGAGAUCUCUGCCCCUUCCCACGGGGGGACACGUCAGGGGGGACAUGGGGGGUGGUGCUGGGGGGGGGAUCCCUCCUCACCCUCCUGGGGCUGAAGGCGAAGGGGACACGGUGACCCGUCCCUGGGCCCCCUUUUCCCAGGAUUUGUGGCCCGGAUGAGGCUUCUCCCGUCCCUGGGGGGGCAUCACCCCCCCAUCCCUGCGACCCCCAGUCCGGCCCUGCCCCCCCCGCAGCCGCAGCUGCUCCCGGGAAAACCUGAAAACCAACCAAAAACGGUUCAACCCGAACCAAACCCGGUCAGCCCAACCCCCGCCCCCAGCAUGGAAAAUAAAGUAUUUAAGUACAA